AUGCCAGUUAUCUACUAUCCAGAUGACUUGAAGGCCAAGAACAUCAGCUACGAGAGCUUUUUCCUUGGAUCUGACUUAAAUGUCGCACCUGUUCUUGAUCCAGGCCGGAAGAGCGUCAAGGUCUAUCUGCCUGGGCCAAAUGAGUCAUAUACUCACGUUUGGACAGGACGGAGAUACCAAGGUGGUCAGACAAUCAAGGUGUCUGCCCCCUACGGCAAGCCCGUAGUUUUUGUUGUGGGACAGCCAAAGCACGAUCAUCUCCAGGGAUUUCUUGAAUUCGUUCGGAAAGAGAAUGGCACCGCUAUUCAUGUCUAA